AUGGCUUACUACUACCCAGCCCCCUACUACUACGGCUACCCAGCCCCCUCGCCCCCUCCUUUCUUUGCGCCGCCGACUGCCCCUCCUCACCAUGCUGCCCACCAGCAGGCAUUCCCACCUCCCCACUAUCAGCCUUCCUUUGUAGCUCCUCCUUCUGGCUACCACCCCGCCACUGCGGGACCUAGUCUCGACGAGGAAGAGGCAGCUGCCUUCGCUUACCUCCAGGCUAUUAAGCGACGCCGCCAGGAGCUUGAGGCUUCUCGAGCUCAUGAGGCUGGCUCUGCUGCUCGCGCUCAAGCUCAGAAGGAGGCCGAGGUUCAGGCACUGAUCAGCAAGGAGCUCGCCAAGCAGCAAGCAUUGUGCGCUCGAUAUGAAGCGGAGGAGUUGAGGAAAAGGCAGUACAGAGAGGCUAUUCAAAGGCAGAGACAAGAGCUCAAGGCUGCUCGUGCGGCUGAACGUCAAAAGGCUGUCCAGUAUCAGACCAGGUCCAGGGAUCUUGCACCCAACUCAGCCUUUGGCCACGAUGAUAUCAGCAACGUACUCGGAUCUCUCUUUGGUAUCAACCCUGCCCAAGAGCCCCAGUAUGGCGACUGCUUUGCUCCCAGGUCUUCCGACAACUCUCUCGAAGCCCGCUUCAGCUCUGCUGCUCGUGCCUAUGCUUCUGCUGGACAAGGUCGCGAGCAAAGGUCUCAGCAGCCAAAGUCUGAGCACGACGUAUUCAGUUUGACUGAUCUUCUUCGCUCUAUCGGCCUUGUUGAAGAUGACGUGUCCGGUCCCACUUGUUCUCAACAGUGUACCAAUUCACAAGCUCCUACUGCUUCUUCCACCCCAUCUGCGACCGCCAGCUCUGCUAAGCGCCCCUCUCAGAGUGGGCUCCCCGCUGAAGUCAACGACAUACUUCACCGACACCUCGGUCUUCACAUCGACCCCGUCGCUUCUCAAAACUUUGCUCCUUCUGUGAAGAAUGCGAAAGGCAACGGCGUUCCCGCAGGCCUGAACGAGCUCCUGUCUCAGUUUGGCUUGGUCUUUGAGCCCGAAACGGAGACCGAAACCAAACCGGGUCCUAGCCACUUUGCUCAACCUGACAACGCCGCACACCCCAGCGCUGUCGACUCUGCUACUCAGUCAAAGCCCACUGCACCCAAGACCGCUCCUGCCCCCCAACCCAAGCCGGCUGCUCCUUUCACCUCCUUGCUCGGAGAAUUUGCCAAUGUCCACCCUGCUGUUGCCGACAUUCUCAGGAAUGUCGAGGUUGCUGUCACCGAGGAGGUCAAGCAGAGAAGUCGAGCGGGUAAGACAGGAUGCAGCGGGCCAUGUGACCAGCAGUGUGCUAGCGGAUGCCAGAAGGCUUCGGGACAGACCAAGGGCAAGGGCGUUGCAGAAGGCGAAAAGAACCCUGUCGCGAGGGAGGCUGAGCCAGAACCCGCCGCCAACCCCACCACUUCCCUCUCUACCCUCGACAACAUCCAGCACCAAUUUGAGUCUCUCCGGGCCAACUUCACCUUCCCCGAGCACCUCUCGUUCGCCCGAGACUCUCGUGGCUCACACUCUCCUCCUCUCCUCUUCAACCGCGUCAACUCUGCAUACCACGCCCAGGUCAACGCGCUCCUGCAGCUUUUACUUCAAACCGACUCCAUCAACUCUGGUGGCGAGAAGGCAGUAAGGCAGAAGCGCAAGGAGGUUGUCAAGAAGGUCGAAGACGAAAUCGAGAGGCUCGAACAGUUGCGAGACGACUUGUGGGAAGAUGUCAAGGAGAGGCGAGAGAGGGGCGAGGAGAGUGAGCCUGAUGCUGAUCAGGAAAGGUCUUGGAGCGACACUGAUUCGGUGAAGAACGAGGUCACUGUUGGGGAGGAGGAGACGAUUGUCGAGCCUGAGCAGACUGAAGCUUCUGGUGAGGCUGAAGGGUAUGAGGUGGUCGACAACCAACCCCAGAACGCUACCCCUGCUGAAGCCGCUGUUACUACCGACGCCCCCGCCCCCGCCGAAGACUCUACCCCUGCCGAAGACUCAGUCCCUACCGACACCCCAAUUCCUGCCGAAGCCUCUGCCUCUACAGAAGACCUCCUUGAGCAACCUCAGAGUCCUUCCUAUGCCGAUGCUGCCAAGCACGCUCUCGAGCGAUCCCAAGAGCCUUCCGCUCAGACGCCUAUCCCCGAGUCUGCACCCGAGUCCUCUGCUAUCGAGCCCCAGGCCGAGGCUGUGCCGGCAGAGCAAGACGCUGCGUCAUCCCCUCAGCAAGUCGAUGCUUCUCCCUUGCCCUCUGCCAGCCACCAUCCAGUCACCGUUGAGGACGCAGAGGAUGAGAAUGAGGACAGGAAGCAGAAGCGGGACAGGAAGACCAAGGGACAGGCGAGGCGAGCGGGGAGCGAUUCCGAGGAUUACGAGAUGCUUUGA